UUAUUUUCUUUCGAAUUUAGUAGCAUUAUAAUUCUUCUGCGUUGCGUUUUCGUCUGUACAUACGUAUAUAGUGAAUUCAGAUCGGAAUUAUUGAUGAACUGUUUAUCCGUAAUUCAUCAAAUACUUACAAGUAUCCUAUAUUUAGUUCAAAGUGAUUCGUGUGAGCAGACCGUGUAACAAAAUGGCAGAAGAAGUACCUGUUAGCGAUGUUCUUUGUGAAGCUAUGGAAUAUUUGUGCAAGCUCGGAUCGAAUUUGAGAACGCGCUCACAGAACCUAAAGGAUAGGAAAAUUAGCAAAGACAAGCUACGAAAUACCCACGCGGUGCGUAAAGCAGCUUCUAAGGUGUUAUUAAUAUGCGAAUUAUCACGAAAAUCGCUGGAAAACGUCGAAAACGGCGUGAAAAGGGUGUUGACGCUUGUAGACGCCGCGCGGCGCUCGCCAGUGACAGUUGGCGCCAAAGAUGAAAAUCGCUCUAGGAAUAAGAAAAACUAUUUCUACUUCGAAUAUGACUCUUGUAAGUUAAGAAUUUCAGAGAAGAUUUUACUAGCCCAUUAUACGUCGGUCAAAGUUCAUGCUAGAAGUAUGCCUGAGUCGAUGAUGGACAAGUAUCCUGUGUAUUACCACUGUAGUCUGUAUAAGAAACGAAAACAAUCUUUGAAAGACAGUGGCAAUGAAAACCGCCUGAAAACUAGUAAAAAGGAGGAUAGAUCUUAUAAAUCUGCUGAGAGGGCUAAAGAAAGUGAAAAAUCAGAUUCAGAUUCCACAUCCAGUGGCAAACAAAUCAAAGAUAAAAUUAAUAAAGAGAAAAAACGAAUAAAAGGCAAGUUAAAUUCAGACGACAGUGAUAAUAGUACCAAAGAGAAGGAAGCAGAAGAAAAAGACAAGAAUAAGCAGCUUAAAUGCAGGCCCAAGAAAAAGAAGACAAAGGAAUCUGAAGAUGAAACAACUGCGGCUACACACAGUGAUGGCGGCUGUGAAGACAGAAAGAAAGAAAACAAAGAUAGUAGAAAAGAAAGCAAAGACAGCUGGAAAGGACCCACGGUUGACGCAGAAAUUGAGUCAAAAAGCACUGAAAGUGAUGGCAGUCCACUAAAUUCAAAACAAAUGGAGCAUGGGGAAAUGUCCAGCAAAAAAGAUCCCAGCGAAAGUAUCAACUCCAGUGAUGAAGAAGAAAUUUGCAACAAGUUUAAAAAAAGUACAAAAAAAAUUGUAUCUAAUAGCAGUGAAGAAGAUUCCAAUGAUGACAAAAAGUUUGAAAACAGAAAAGUAAAACGAGGGAACAACAGUGUUGAUAGUGAUGAUGAGAAGUCUAAACCAACUGACAAGUUAGAUUCAAAGUAUAAAAGUCGUCGUAAAUCUUUAAUAAGUGACAGCGAAGAAGAUUCCAAUGAUGAUAAAAAGCUAGAAAACAGAAAAGUAAAACAAGCUAACAACAGUGUUGAUAGUGAUGAUGAGAAGUCUAAACCAACUGACAAGUUAGAUUCGAAGACUAAAAGCCGUCGUAAAUCUUUAAUAAGUGACAGCGAAGAAGAUUCCAAUGAUGACAAAAAGCUAGAAAACAGAAAAGUAAAACAAGCUAACAACAGUGUUGAUAGUGAUGAUGAGAAGUCUAAACCAACUGACAAGUUAGAUUCGAAGACUAAAAGUCGUCGUAAAUCUUUAAUAAGUGACAGCGAAGAAAAUAAAUUAAGUGGUGAAAAAUCUAAAAAGUCAAAAUCAGCUAGAUCAAUAGAAAGUGACUCUGACCAAAAAAGUAACAGUGUUACUGGAAAUGAGAGAGAAAAAAAGAAACUUGAUAAGGAAAGUCGCAAUAAAAAGAAUAAGAUUGAUGAAUCUGAAAUAGUUAAUUUGAUUGAAGAUUCACCAAUGAAACCAAAAGAGAAUUUAAAAAAUAAGGAGAACAAAGCAGAUAGUGACACUGAACAAAAAAGUGAUGGUGUCAAAGGAAAUGAGAGUAAAAAAAAGAAACGCGAUAAGGAAAGUGACAGUAAAAAUAAUAGGACUGAUGAAUCUGAAAUAGUUCAUUUAAUUGAAGAAUCACCAAUGAAACCAAAAGAUAAUUUAAAAAACAAGGAGAGCAAAGAAGAUAGUGACUCUUCUAUGUCAGACAAAAAACCUAUGAUCAAAACAGUUAGAUUCAUAGACAGUGACUCUGACCAAAAAAAUAUCAGUGUCACUGGAAAUGAGAGAAAAAAAAGGAAACUCGAUAACAAGGGUCACAAUAAAAAUAAGAAGACUGAUGAAUCUGAAAUAGUUCAUUUAAUUGAAGAUUCACCAAUGAAACCAAAAGAAAAUUUAAAAAGCAAGGAGAGCAAAGAAGACAGUGACUCUUCUACUUCAGACAAAAAACCUAUGAUCAAGUUAGUAAGUCUUAACAAGUUACUCAAACCUGAUGUACUACAAAAAGAAAUGUAUCAUAUGAACACUAAAAUCCCCCCAGUUUCAAAGACAUACAAGAACCGCAAAGAAAAGAGUAAUCCUCAAGAGGAUGAAAAGAAAAAAGCAAUUAGUGCUUUCAAACCCAAAAAGUUUGAUGUUGUUGUUACUAGGCUACCAAAAUUUACAGAUGUAUUUUUGUGUGAAUAUGGGUUGAAGAAAAUAACUCAGAAUGGAUCUGAGAUUUAUAGCUUAACAUCACUAAAAAACAAGGAAAAAGAAAAAUCAAGCCUAAAGACUGAUCAAAAUAAUUCUAGAUCAGAAAGUAAAGAAAAAUCCUGUGAUAAUAUUGAUUCAAGUGAUGCUGAAAAGAGUAAAUUGGCUGAAGGAAUUGAAGCAAGCAAAAAUGCACUACUCAAUUCUGAUUCUGAUGAUGUGGAUACCAAUAAGCCACAGAAUUGUAAAAACUCUAGAAGGAAAUCUAAGGCUAGACAAUCAGAUUCUGAAAAAGAUGAGGAUAGUGAUAAAAAAAAAUCUAAAUCUUGUUCACCAACUGCAAGUAACAAAACUAGAAGUAAAUCACCAAAAGACGUAGAUAAAAAUGGGAAAAUUGCUAGUGAAUGUAAAGAAAAAUUGGCUAGAAACAGUGACCCAGAAAACAUCAUAUCCCUGGAUUCUGUGGCCACCCCAAAGACGCCAGAAAGAAAAACGGAAGAAACAGAGAAAACUACACCGCAGUCCCGAAGGAAAUUAAUUAUGGAGUCAAUGCAUGCAAAAAAGAUGCUAUUGACUUAUUCCUCAAGCUCUGAUACCGAUGAUGAUCAGCUGAAAAAUGCGUUGAAAGAAAUUAAAAACUCUCUUUUAAAGGGAUCAAGUUCAGACGAUGAACUAGAUGUGAAAAAGAUUGUUCAAAUGAAUAGGAGAAAGUUAGUUACUCCCUCGGAUUCUGACGAUAGCUUAAAUAUAAAGAAGAAAAAGAGAGGAAAGGAGCUUGCUAAAGGGAAGGAGCAGGAGGAUAGCAGUAUUAGCCAAGUGGAUGGAACCAAUGAUGAAUUGUCUAAUUCAAGUUGUAGCCAGAUGGGCCGCUCUAAAACAAAACCUGCCAGUAGCAGCUCUGAGAAUGUGGACACAGUUGACUCAGAAAUUAAUAGAUUGUCAAACCUCAAGACGCUGAACCGCCGACGGCGGGCAUCGGUCGAGAGAACGACUAGAAGCACCCGAAGAAUGCCGAAGGCGCCGCCGAUUAAAGACGAGGUGUUGGCCCUUGCCAGCUCGGGCUCUGGCUCUGAGAGCGAACACGAGGCGGCAGAGACGGAAGAGCUGCCCCCAAUCUCGAUGCCAAAGUUGAACGGGGACAGCAUCAACCACAUCGCCAAGGAAGAUCUCCUGGCUCAGAGUGACCCGUCCAGCUCUGAAAAUGAAAAAGCUAAUGGUUCCGAGGACGACAAAAAAGAAUCAGAUAGCGACGAAGACACUGUGAAGUCCACGAGACGCAAAGCAAACGCCAUAGCGUCCGAUUCCGAGGCCGAGGCGGCGCGGAAGGCGGACAGAAUGAGCGACUUCGAGGAGUCUGAGGACGAGAGCAGUGAGCCCAGGAAAAAGAGCAAGCGAAAGAAGAAGGUCACUGACAGCGACGGGUCUGUCUCUUCCAGCGACGGAGGUAAAAAGAAGCGUCGUCGCAUCAAACAAGUGAAUGAUAGCGACGGCUCCGGAUCCGACACGGAGAAUGAAGGCAGGAACAAACAUGGAAGAAAGAAUAUUCGCAAGGUGAUGAGCAAGGACCAGCUCGAAGAGGCUACAAAGAAGGCAGCGCGACAGGAGAAGGAGAGGAUUGCUCGUAUUGCCGAACGCCAGAAACUGUACAACAAUUUGGAGUUCGACGAGUCCGGCAAGCCUGACGAGGUGGUGCUAGACAAGGUGGUGUUGGACUUCGACCCCGAGACCAAGGAGCCCAUCAUAGAGGUGGACCGCGGGCUCGUCAAGAAACUCAAGCCGCAUCAGGCUAACGGUAUAAAGUUCAUGUGGAACGCGUGCUUCGAAAGCGUGAAACGCAUCAAGAAAGACCGUGGAUCCGGCUGCAUCCUCGCCCACUGCAUGGGUCUGGGGAAAACUCUGCAGGUGGUCUCCUUAACCCACACACUGCUCGCUCAUAGCAAGCUGACCGGCGUGAAGCGAGUACUAGUUGUCUGUCCGUUGUCCACCGUGUUGAACUGGGUCAACGAGUUCACCAUGUGGCUCAAACACGCAGAGACGGACACCGAGGUGGACGUGUUCGAGUUGUCGAGGCACAAGCAGAAUUCAGAGCGCUCCUGGCAGCUCCAACAGUGGGUGGAGUGCGGCGGCGUGUGCGUGCUCGGCUACGAGAUGUUCCGCAACCUCUCCGCCGACAACAACAAGAAGUUCAAGAAGAAGAUGCUCAAGACCUUCCAGGAGGCUCUCGUGGACCCUGGCCCGGACCUUGUGGUGUGCGACGAAGGCCAUCUUCUAAAGAAUGAAAAGACGAGCCUGUCCCAAUCCAUGAACCGCGUGAGGACGUUACGACGCAUCGUGCUCACCGGCACACCGCUGCAAAAUAAUCUCAAGGAGUAUUACUGUAUGGUACAAUUCGUGAAGCCCAACCUCCUCGGCAAGUACAACGAGUACCUGAAUCGCUUCGUGAACCCCAUCACCAACGGGCAGUACACAGAUUCUACUGAACGAGACAUCUGCCUUAUGAAGCGACGGUCCCACGUUCUGCAUACUAUGUUGGACGGCGCUGUGCAGAGGAGAGACUACGGGGUGCUGGCACCCUUUCUGCCGCCGAAGCACGAGUAUGUGCUGUUUAUCACGCUCACCGACAUCCAGAUCAAACUCUACCAGCAUUACCUGGACAACUAUUCUAGAAGACCGCUACCAGGGAAGUCGUCAGGCUUCCUGUUCCCCGACUUCCAGUCCUUGCAGAGGAUAUGGACGCACCCGCUGGUCCUCAAGUACAAUUCGGAACGAUACGAGAUCAUGCAGCAGAAAAAGAGAGAUAAAGAGGAAGAAGAUUCGGAAGGUUCGCUUGCCGAUUUCAUCGAUGACGAUUCUACGCCGGAGGAAUCCUCAACAGAAGAAUCAUCAGACGAUUUGUCAGACUUGAGUGACGACAGUCGAAAGAAGAGCAAAAAGAAAACUAAAGUCAAGAAAGGGAAAGGCAAAGAUGCUAAGGCGUCAGGUCGCCGCAACACGAGAGCUAAUCCAGUGGAACUAGAAGAAGAUAAGCCCAAUUCCGACAUAGAGGAGAUAAAAUACGAGAACCCAACGGAGUGGUGGAUGAAACUCGUCACAGAGGAGGAAUUGGAAGACAUCCGGCACUCGAAUAAAUUGCUGCUUCUGUUUGAUAUCCUGCGGCAGUGCGAGGCGAUCGGAGACAAGCUGCUUGUUUUCUCCCAGUCUCUCUACUCCCUGGAUUUGAUCGAACAUUUCCUGGGUAAAGUUGACGAGGCGACGCAGGAGGGGCGCAUAGAUGAGAAACUCGCGGGGCAUGUUGGCUCGUGGUCGCCGGGCGUGGACUAUUUCCGUCUGGACGGCUCUACGUCCUGCGAGAACCGAUCAAUUUGGUGCAAGAACUUCAACCGGGAGGAUAAUCCCAGAGCUAGACUGUUCCUGAUCUCGACCCGCGCCGGCGGUUUGGGCAUCAACCUCGUCGCGGCCAACCGUGUCGUGAUCUUCGACGUGUCGUGGAACCCUUCCCACGACGUACAGAGCAUCUUCAGAGUGUACCGCUUCGGACAGAAGAAACCGUGCUACAUAUACCGCUUUCUGGCUAUGGGCACGAUGGAAGAGAAAAUCUACGAGCGACAAGUAACCAAGCAAGCGAUCUCCAAGCGCGUCAUAGACGAGCAACAGAUAGACCGGCACUACGCCGCCAACGAUCUCGCUGAGCUAUACAAGUUCGAACCUGUCCCCGUCGAGCCACGGCCCGUGCCCAAGCUGCCUAAGGAUCGCCUGUUCGCGGAAAUGCUGAAGGACCACGAGAAUCGGGUCUUCAGGUUCCACGAGCACGACUCGCUGCUAGAGAACAAAGAGGAGGAGACCCUCAGCGAGGAGGAGCGCAAGAAGGCGUGGGAGGAGUUCGAGAACGAGAAGAAGGCUCCGCCCCCCUCGCCCUUCCCCAACACCUGGUCCAUGCACAACGGGAUGGCCAGCCUCCUGCAGCAGCAGCAACAGCAGCUAGCGUACGCCGCGCUGGCCGCCAUGAUCCGCAAGGACAUGCCCAACAUCAACGACAACCAGAUCCGGGACAUGCUGCCCAUCAUCUGCAACGCCAACCCCGGGAUGUUCGGUGGAUAUGAUUAUGGCCUGAUGCAGAAGAUGAGCGAGAUCUACAAGUACGCGCAGCCCGGCAUGAUGAACCCCUCCAUGAUGAAUCCCGUCAUGAAUCCUGCCGGUGGCAUGAGCACGAGUAGCAGUCUGCAGUACGAGCCGCCGUGGCAGCGCCAGCAGCAGCAGCAGCAGCAGAUGCGGUUGCAGCAGCUCAUGCAGCAGCAACACAAUAUGGGCGCGAAGUACUACGCGGGCGGGCUGGGCAGCCGCGACCCGGUGGCCAUGGCGCUGCAGCAGCAGCGCGCGCGCGAGUUCCUGCUGGGUGGGGGCGGCGGCGCGGGGGCUGCGGGGGGCGCGCCGGCGGGGGCGGGGGCGGGGGCG